UUAUGGCUCAGGAGCUGAAUUUUCUGGAGAAGCCAUCAUCUAGGCAGGAAACACAGCAGUGGGAGGAGGUUUGCAGGGGGAGGCGAUGAAGUCACUGUAGGACCUACUGAGUUGCAGCAUCUGUAGGACACGUGAGGAGUUGGAGUGGAAAUAUAGGACCGAAGGAUAGGAGAGAAGUGGGGCUGGAGAUGGAAUUUACUAGCUGGAAACAAUGGGGAUAGAGAACCUUGCCCAGGGUAGUCAUGUGGAAUGAGAGAAGAGGACGCCGGGUCACCCGGGAGAACACCAGCACUAGGGUCCUAGUGGCAGCAAACUAGAACUCCCACUGUCAUCAGAUGGCUUAAUAAUAGCUUAUUUGCCUUUAAUAGGUACGCUUUAUAGUGGGGAAAAAUACAUUAAAACAAGAGAUUGUUACCUUGACUUAUUUUCCAUUUCUGCUAUGUUGUGUCAAAGGACUCCCUUAGCAGACACACUCACUUGUACCUUCUGGUUCUCAGCAACAUGUAGAUGGGACAUUUGGUAAUCAGCGUAUUCUGGGGGAGCAGGUUUUGCAGGCUAGGCAGUGGGCGAGGCCUGGCCCAUAAGGUAUUCCCUUAAUCCUCAGAGGCCUUUUGGAAACCGAAGGCUUUUAAAUUAAGUCUGCCAUGCAGUUUGUUGUAACAGAAUAUCAGGUCCUCUUUAAAACCCAUCCAGAUCGAGGUCCUGACCCGGCAGCGGAAGCCGUGAAGAACUGUGAGGGCACUGCCUUGGGCACAGAGAAGCCUUCCCAGGCACCACCUCUGUCAGGGCCCUGCUGAUGUGCACGCUGCCAAGCCUGGUCUGGCAGAGGCCUCUGCGCCCUGACCAGCAGAGAUGCAGACCUCAGACUCUUUUCCUCUUCCGCCAGCACCACUGGGAGCCUUGGUGCAAUUCAGAAGAUGACGCGGGUGCGUGUGGUGGACAACAGUGCCCUGGGAAACACCCCGUACCAUCGCCCUCCUCGCUGCAUCCACGUCUAUAACAAGAACGGGGUGGGCAAAGUGGGCGACCGGAUCCUGCUGGCCAUCAAGGGGCAGAAGAAAAAGGCACUUAUCGUGGGGCAUCGUAUGCCUGGUCCCAGGAUGACCCCCAGGUUCGACUCUAACAAUGUGGUCCUCAUCGAGGACAAUGGGAACCCUGUGGGGACCCGAAUCAAGACACCCAUCCCCAGCAGCCUACGCCAGAGGGAAGGCGAGUUUUCCAAGGUGCUGGCCAUUGCCCAGAACUUUGUGUGAACAGAGCCCAGGCACCGGCUGCCUGGGGGCUCAUGGAUGGAGCCGUUCUGAGAGCGGUGCCUCUGCUGAGAGGGAGCCCGGGGCGCAGUGUGCUGUGAGAAAAUAAAUGUUUUCCUGUA